AUGGAGGUUAAACAAUGGGCUCGUCUUUGGAUCCGACGAGAGAUUAGUGGGGAUUUGGAGAGAAACGAUUGUUUUUAUAAUAGAUCCAACGUUACCAUCGGCAACACCGUUCAUGCUUUUCUGAUUGCGCUCAUUCUCGCCCUCACCAAUGGACAAAUCAAGCGCUCUGGAGUACAUCAACCAGAUGUUCCCCAACGGUACGCUACAAAUCCCAAUCUCACUCGCAAUCACUUUUAUUCCAACGUUUCGCUUCUCAAAUCCACGUUUGGCAAUGCAGAGGCGUCUCUCUCAGGGGUGGAGCCGCUGAUGCAGAAAAUCCAGAACGAGAUUCGCACCGUCGACGCCGGAAUCCUCGCUGCCGUUCGCCAACAGAGUAAUUCAGGAACUAAGGCGAAGGAAGAUCUCGCCGCCGCCACACGUGCCGUUGAGGAGCUUAUGUAUAAGAUCCGAGAGAUAAAAACUAAAGCUGUGCAGAGUGAAACAAUGGUUCAAGAAAUAUGCCGUGACAUUAAGAAACUGGAUUUUGCGAAGAAGCAUAUAACUACCACAAUUACUGCACUGCAUCGUCUUACAAUGCUCGUCUCUGCUGUUGAACAGCUUCAAGUGAUGGCUUCAAAGCGUCAAUAUAAAGAAGCAGCUGCACAGCUGGAGGUAUCCAAUAUCAUUACUGCACUGUUUACCGUUGUUUACCGCAUUUUGUUUAGCAGUUUGAGGCUUUUAGUUGCCUCUGCAAAGAUUAGGGUUUUAACUUUUGUGCUGCACCUAAACAUGUGUAUGCAGCUUGCAAUUGGAUUUUGUCAUUACUAUACAUACACAUAUCUGGAAAAGCUUUUGGCAGUGAACCAGUUAUGUAGUCAUUUUGAGGCCUAUAGGGAUAUCCCCAAGAUCGUAGAACUGAGGGAGAAGUUUAAGAACAUCAAGCAAAUACUCAAGUCACAUGUGUUUUCUGAUUUUUCUAGCUUAGGUACUGGAAAGGAGACAGAAGAAACAAAUUUACUACAGCAGUUGUCUGAUGCCUGCCUGGUUGUUGAUGCAUUAGAGCCUUCUGUAAGGGAAGAGUUGGUAAAUAAUUUCUGCAAUAGGGAGCUCACUUCAUAUGAACAGAUUUUUGAAGGAGCUGAGCUUGCAAAGUUGGACAAAACUGAGCGAAGAUAUGCAUGGAUUAAGCGCCGAAUGAGAUCAAAUGAAGAAAUUUGGAAAAUCUUUCCAACUUCAUGGCAUGUUUCAUAUCGGCUCUGUAUCCUAUUUUGUAAGAAGACGAGAAAACAACUUGAGGACAUUCUUGCUAAUCUAAAGGAAAAGCCAGAUGUCGGAACCUUGUUAUUGGCAUUACAAAGAACUUUAGAGUUUGAGGAUGAAUUGGCUGAGAAAUUUGGGGGAGGCACUCAAAACAGAGAGAUUGCAAAUGAGAUUGAAGAAAUAGGUAGGGGGACUAAUUCUAGUAAUAGUGCCUUGGAUAUCCGGAAGAAGUAUGAAAAAAAGCUUGCUGCACAUCAAGGAGGUGACGGUGAAGAAAAAGGUGGAGCUAAAGAUUUGGCAGUGCCUGGAGCUGGGUUCAACUUCCGUGGAAUUAUUUCAUCUUGCUUUGAACCUCACUUAACAGUAUAUGUAGAAUUGGAAGAGAAGACGCUAAUGGAAAGUCUGGAGAAACUAGUUCAGGAAGAGACAUGGGAAAUUGAAGAGGGAAGUCAGAGUAGUGUUUUAUCCAGUAGCAUGCAGGUUUUCCAAAGAGUUCUUAAAGCAUAUGCUACAAAGCUCUUUGCUAGACUCCCAAAGGGGGGCACUGGAAUUGUUGCUGCAGCCACAGGCAUGGAUGGACAAAUAAAGGCUGGUGAACUGGCUGAAAGCGUGUCUAAAAUAAUUGACCCUCAAUAUGCAGAAGGGGUGGAUAUGUCUGAAGUGCAGGAUGAAUUCUCGGCCGUUAUAACCAAAUCACUGGUGACCUUGGUGCAUGGCCUGGAAACUAAGUUCGACAUCGAAAUGGCUGCAAUGACACGUGUCCCUUGGGGUACCCUUGAGAGUGUUGGCGAUCAAUCAGAGUAUGUUAAUGCCAUAAAUUUGAUCCUAACCACUAGCAUUCCUGCACUUGGAAGUCUUCUUUCACCUAUCUACUUUCAGUUCUUUCUGGACAAGCUUGCAUCAUCUCUUGGUCCACGCUUUUAUUCUAACAUUUUCAAGUGCAAACAAAUAUCAGAAACUGGAGCUCAACAGAUGCUAUUGGAUACCCAAGCUGUUAAGACAAUCCUUCUUGAAGUUCCUUCCCUUGGUAGACAGACGUCAGGUGCUGCCAGUUAUUCCAAGUUUGUGAGCCGUGAGAUGAGCAAAGCUGAGGCCCUUUUGAAGGUUAUACUUUCUCCAGUUGAUUCUGUAGCAGAUACUUACCGUGCAUUGCUACCUGAGGGUACACCCAUGGAAUUUCAACGCAUCCUGGAGCUUAAGGGUCUGAAAAAAGCGGAUCAACAAAGCAUUCUUGAUGACUUCAACAAACUUGGGCCUGGAAUUAAGCAAACCCAGGUUGCUCCUACAAUUGUGCCAGCAGCUCCUCCGGUAGCUCCCGUGGUCCCUAGCCCCUCUGCGGUUGGACUCAUAGCGUCGAGAGAGGAUGUUCUAACUAGGGCUGCUGCACUUGGACGAGGAGCUGCCACCACUGGGUUCAAGCGGUUCCUAGCUCUAACUGAAGCUGCCAAAGACAGGAAAGAUGGGCCUUUCAGGAAGCUCUUUAAUCCAUAA